UGGAAAAGAAGUUCCUGGUAUCCACGCAGCGUUGUCAGUCAGUGACGGUCUCAUCAUCAUCCGGGCUGACGAACAUAAUGCAAUUCAAGGAGUGCUUGAUCGGGAAGGAUGAAUUUUUCAAAUCGCGUUAACACGUUUCCAAUUAAAGACACGCCGGGGUAAUCCGGUGGGACCGAUUACGUCUGCGAAUAGACAGUAAAAGGCUGGGAAAGAUCUAACGAAAGUUACCGAACAAAGGUUGCCAAGUGGACUUUUAUUGUUUACCACCCACCUCAAGUCGAUAAUAUCAUAUUGAACUACCACAUGCAUCGUAUACUAUAUAAGGGCCUGCGCUGGGAGGCACUGCAGAAAUGGUGUAGUUUAUGGAAUAAAGUGCACACCGGGAGAAAUUAUUUAUUCUGUGAGCAAGUUUCAGGAAAACAAAAACGACACCGCUUGCAAAGAGAGGGGGCAGAAUAUAUUUUGAAGAGCCACGGAGUCGCAGCUGGGAGGCUUUAACCUGAUCCCAACAUCAGAAAUGAACAGCCCGAGGUCACUGCUAUUCUUUGGACUGAUACUUCUCAUUAGCACAGCUGGAUAUUGCAAAGAGAGGACAGAUCUCACAGAGUUAGGGGAGAACAAAACCCUCUUUAACUUAAUAUUGGAAAUCAUAAAUCAUUUACAAAAACACCGGGAAGAGGAAACCAAUGAGGUCGACUACUUUCCACAACGUGUCGAUUAUACGCUUGAUUCCUGGGAAUUGCCUGACAAUGAGGUGUAUCGUAAGGAGGAGAGAGUUGAAAUCGUGCCCAGAGAUCUGAGGAAGAUGAAAGACAAGUUUUUGAAACAUUUAACAGGUCCACUUUACUUCAGCCCCAAGUGUAGCAAACAUUUCCAUCGGCUGUACCACAACACCAGGGACUGUACCAUACCAGCAUAUUAUAAAAGAUGUGCCAGACUUCUCACAAGAUUGGCAGUCAGUCCCAUGUGCGCUAAAGGCUAAAUGCGAUUACAACUGGUAUCAACAUUAAGAUAUCCCCAGAACCAAGAAAAGUGCCUUGGAAAACAACAGGGAAACACAUUGAUCUCAGUACCUUUAUAACAUAUUCCAUUGUGAACAAAGAUUUAUUUUUGCAAACUGAUCGAUUACCUCCAUGAACUCAUUAAUGUGCAUUUUGUAUGUUGUCAACAUUAUUUCUGUAAUUCUGUACAUUAGUAUAAAUAACUGCCAAUGUUACAAAGGCUGAACAUUUAAGAAAAUAACAACACUUCACUGUUUUCCUGCGUAAUGCUGCCAAAAAUUGCACAAAUGCUUUCUUGUUCAUGUCUGGAGCAUUAUUUUGUAUUAAACAUUGAGACACUCAGAUACUGUUCAAGACAAGGCUAAUGUAUCCUAAAUUUAUUGUAGGAAUUUUUUUCAUGCUUCAGAAUGCUGGUUAUCUUUACUUGUCAUAUGUAAUGCUUAUGCAGUUUAAAACCAUUUGCUGUGCCAUAACACAGCAAAAUAUUGUUAUAAUAGAAUGCUUGGGGUCACCCUCUACUCCAAGGGAUAAGUUAUGGUUUGCAUGACAUUUUUUCUUACCUUCGUCUUUACAAAGCAUAAUAUUUUACAACUACACUGUUAGGU